AUGUCAUCGGCAGCCGUGAAGAAGGGCGUCACCCUGCUGGGCGCUGGCACGCAGGGGAGACGGCUUGCAUUUAUGUGGUCCCGACUCGGCCGACCUGUCUACCUGGUCGACCAGAACGAGAAACAGCUCUCGCGCGCAUGGGACGAGAUCCAGGUCCUGCGACGAAGCAAAGAGAAUGCCGACAUCGCGCGCAGUAGCCUGGUAGAGCUUGAUUCUGAUAGGAGUUUUGUGUUUCAGUGCGUCCCUGAAUCGCUACCGCUCAAGCGCUCCGUCAUCAAGCAGAUGGACGAGGCUGCUGGGCCGGAGACCAUCAUCGCGUCGAAUUCGAGUAGCUAUACGAUUGCGGAGAUCUUGAAGGAUUUGGAUGUCAAGCAUCGUGACAGAUUUGUCAGUUUGCAUUCUUACUGGCCACCUGAGACGUCUGCAAUCGAAGUCAUGGGCUCAGACGAGACCAAACCAGAGAUUAUCACCCGGUUGAUGGAGGAGACGAAGGCGCACGGCUUUGAGCCGUUCCAUGUCCGUCGUACGUCGACUGGGUAUAUCUACAACCGAAUCUGGGCGGCCAUCAAACGCGAAGCCCUCCUCGCACUAGACGAAGGCAUCGCCACCCCGCAAGAAAUCGACGCCAUCUUCAAGAGCGUGCUCAAGACGCCCAAGGGGCCGUGCGAGCAGAUGGACGUCGUCGGCCUGGACGUCGUCCUGGACAUUGAGAACCACUACGCCGAGACGCGGCCGGGGAUGAUCCCCGAGGGGCCGCGGCGGCUGUUGAAGAAGAUGGUGGAUGAGGGGAAGUUGGGCGUCAAGAGUGGGGAGGGGUUCUUUCAGUACGGUCAGCAGAAGUAA